GGCCAUAUGAAAUCCCACUUGAUAACCACAGGCUGCUAAAUCAAAAUUCAGUUAACAGGCAUUUUAGAUGAGAAUCGAGAUGGUGCCCAGCAGUGGAGAUGUGAAGAGUUUGGAUCUGUCAAGGCUGACGGAUGAUGAAGCCAAGCAUGUGUGGCAAGUGAUCCAGAGAGACUUCAGCCUGCGAAAGAAAGAAGAGAACAGACUCGGGGAACUGAAGACCAAAAUAAUGAAAGAGGAUACAAAGAGAGAGCUGUUGGAAUAUCAGCCCAAACUCAGCGAUUCUCUCUGCAACCGCUGUCUGCAACCCUUCAAAUUCCUUGUCAACAGCAAGCGCCAAUGUCUGGACUGCAAGCUCUUUGUAUGCAAGUCCUGCAGCCGAUUUAACAAGAAGGAACAUGGUUGGGUGUGUGAUCUAUGCCACAUGGCCAGAAUCCUUAAGAUUGGCGCACUGGAAUGGUUCCAUGAGAACGUGCGCUCUCGCUUCAAACGUUUCGGCAGCGCGAAGGUUAUGAAUUUGCUUGUCAAGCAUCUGAACAGUGAUCGCGCCUGCUCACAAACUGAACUUAGAGAGUCCCGAGACGAUGACAUGCACAGCAUGCCUGAAGUUCACACUGCUUCUCUUUAUAGCCAGGAGGAUGAAGAGUCUGAAUGUGGAGACGGACAACACCACGUCCUGACUAGAAAAGCCAGACGGCUGCUCCCAGUUGAUCCUCUUGAUUUUAAUCUUGGCUUUGGGAAGUCUGAGUAUUCUCGGCCUGACUUCAUGUAUGCAGGUAGCCAGGAGAAAAUCCUCCAGAAUAGUGGUUCAGUUGCCGAAGAGAACUGCUUCACAACAUUUAAGCAGAUCCUGGAGAAUGGAACUCAUGGCAGAGGUGAUGACAUGUAUCACAUCAGCCAGACAAGUCUAGACAGACCUUUUCAUUUUGAUGACUACACACACAUAGAGCAGACGAUGUCACAACCUCGUUCCCUCUCAAAGAUGAGUUUAUCCUCAGCGGGCAGCGCUAGCUAUCACCUUCACCGUGAGCUUUCUUCAGAUGAUGAGGAGGACUCCUACAGUCCUGUCUUACAGAGGGAGCCUUCACCACAUCACGUUCCUCCACAGAUUCUUGAGCUGAAAAAGCGCAUGUCGGCAGUUGAGACUCUUCUCAUCCGUUUGGAACAGAAAAUGUUGUUAUCUGUGACUGAGGGAACAAAGGAACAGACUGAAGCAAAGGAAGAGGAUCUAGUUGACUUAGAGGAGCUUGAGCUAAGAAAAAAACUUGAUGAACUUACUGACAAAAUAAGUGACAAAGACCUGUCCUCAGAUGAGGAUGAUGCUGUAAAAUCAGAGGAUUCUUUAAAGAACUCUUCAGCAGUCACUGGUGCAUCUUCAGAUGGAUUUGGACAUGCUAGACACGAGUGGUCUCUUGAAAUAGAAGAAUGUAAAGUAAAGCCGGAUGUACAUACAUCUUUUAAAAAGCAGAGGAGGCCGAGUCCCUUUGAUUUCGGUAACACAACCAGCUGUGAGCUGUCACAGCUGGAGGGUAAAGUAGCAAUGGCAGCGGCCAGUGUCCAGAGCACACAAAGUGGGGUUACAGACAUCCAGAAAAGAAUCGCAGCUUUAAGCUCUGCAGGAAUGACAGUGGAGGCCUCUCGCAGACGAUUAAGUCUUCAGCCAUCAAAGGUAUUGCAUGAAUUUCCAAGAAAAGAAUGUCAUACAGGUUGGAAAUGACAAGAGGGAGCCAGCAAUGAAACAAGAUCCUUCCGGAAGCUGAGCAUCAUGUGAACACAGACCCACGGAACAUUUAUACAUUUACACAAUGCAAGCAUUGUUUCAUAUAACUUAUGCACACAAUAUGUGAACACAAAAAAAACUUAGAAUCUUAUUAUAGGUAAAAAAAAGUGGACUGGACUCCCUUCUUAAGAUCUAGACCUAUGUAGUACUUUUUUAUUUUUUAGUAGAUAAAUAGACAACAAAACCAGUCUUAUGGGUCAAUUUUUUGAAAUUGAGAUUUUUACAUAAUCUGAAAGCUGAAUAAUUAAACUUUCUAUAGAUAUAUGAGUUGUUAGAAUAUGAGCAUAUCUGGCUGAGAUACAACCGUUUAAAACUCUGGAAUCGGAGAGCGCAAAAAAAUCAAAAUAUUGAGAAAAUUGCCUUUGAAGUUGUUAAUCAGGGGCACUGUGGCAGACCAUCCACUCACAAAAAUAAAGUUUUUAUAUAUUUAAGGUAGGAAAUUUACAAAAUAUCUUCAUGGAACAUGUUCUUUACUUAAUAUCCUAAUGAUUUUUGGCAUAAAAGAAAAAUCGAUAAUUUUGACCCACGCAAUGUAUUUUUGUCUUUUACUAACAAUGUUCCCGUGCUACUUAAGACUGGUUUUGUGAUCCAGGGUCACAAAUGUUCAAUUAUUUAGAUAAAGGAACUCACCUCACACAGGCUGUUUGUUUUCUGGGAAUACAAAAUGUUUGUCUUUAUACUCAUGCUUAUUUGUUGUUCAGUGUUAUUCAGAUUUUGAAUAUCUGAAAUUAAUAUGAUUAUUAUUUUUCUAUCCUGCAUAUCGUAUAUAUUAUUUAAUAUCUGAAAUGAUUUUCCCUUUAACUUACCAGAAUGAUUUCUAAUGAACUGUUUCCAUUAAUACACACUGCAUAAAACAAAAUGGAUACUGUAUGAUUAUUUUACAUAAAUGUUUAUGUAUUCCACUAAUUAAAUAUUACACAACACAAAUUUGAUCUUAAUCUCCUCUGUAUCAACAAUUAACAAAUCAACAACUCUUUAUCAGCACUAAUGCACAUUUGAACUGUUACAGCCUCUCAAUAUCCAUAACUACCCCAUCAUGCUAUUAUACUACAUUUGCAUAUUAAGGGCAUUUGCGUUUAUAUGCAAGUGGUGUAUCAUUCACCCUCCCCCAGGGGAUAUAUAUAUAUUGAUGGAACAUCCCCAACCUCUGAGAAAAACCAAAGAAAGCUGCUUAGAAUAUUUCUUUCCUGUACUCAAGAUAACAAAUAUCAUCUACUACCUUGAAGACACAUUGAGGCUUAUUCUGCACUUAAGGAUUUUUAUCUGACAGCCAGGGACCACAUAGCAGGAGGUUAGACACGAAGAGGUAAGCGUUACUGUCAAUACAUAGUAAGUAACAUUUUUUUAAAAUCCUUAUAAAUUGAGAACUCAGAGAAAUUGUCAUUGAAAGUUGUAGCAUCAGAGUGAAAACAUGAGUAUUUUAAAUGUUUUUCAAAAUGAUAAUUAUUUAGUGGUAUACCCAUACUUGUAUAUGUCCAUGAUCAUACUUGUGCGCAAUAGACAGACCCCACAAACCUGAGGGGGAAAUAUUACGAUGAGAAACAUUUCUUCAUUUUGUCAAUUUUUUAUGGUUCUGACUUUGGACAUGGAGAAAGAGAUUAUAAUUGACUUUCUUAUUCUUAUAGGAGA